AUGCGCGAGUUGCGCCUUGAGAAGCUCGUUCUCAACAUUUGUGUCGGAGAGUCCGGAGACAGACUUACCCGUGCCGCCAAGGUGUUGGAACAGUUGACCGGUCAGACCCCAGUCUAUUCCAAAGCCCGUUACACCGUCCGUACCUUCGGUAUCCGUCGUAACGAAAAGAUUGCUGUCCACGUCACUGUCCGUGGCCCCAAGGCUGAGGAGAUCUUGGAGCGUGGUCUCAAGGUCAAGGAAUACGAGCUCAAGAAGUCUAACUUCUCUGAGACCGGCAACUUUGGCUUUGGUAUCCAGGAGCAUAUCGACUUGGGUAUCAAGUACGAUCCCUCCAUCGGUAUUUACGGUAUGGACUUCUUCGUCUGCAUGAACCGUCCUGGUAACCGUAUUACUAAGCGUCGCCGCGCCGUUGCCAAGAUUGGUCUUAAGCACCGUGUUACCAAGGAUGAGACCAUGAACUGGUUCAAGCAGCGUUUUGAUGGUAUCCUCACCAACCGCAAGUAA